CUAAGGUAGAGGGGAGAGAGAGAGAGAGACAGAGAGAGAGAGAGAGAGAGAGACACACAGAGAGAGAGAGACACACAGAGAGAGAGAGGGAGAGAAGGAAACAGAGAGGGGCUGAUGCGAGGCUGAUAUUGGGUGGGGAGUGUGUGAAUGUGUGUUUGAAGGGAGCUCUGAGUGAAUGUGUGUACAGCGUUUAGUGACUUUGUAUGUGCGUGUGCGCAUAUGAGUGUAUGUGCGAUCAUGUGUGUGUAAGAUCAGGAAGCGGAACACAGUAGAGACCUAGAAGACCUUGAAGAAAGAUGGAGGACAAAGAAUACAACAGCGGUGGCUUCAUGAGGCUCGUAUCAGAGGAGAGCUGUAGCUCCACUGUGACAGGCGAGUCGUGUGUCAACUACCAGACUGAGAUCUUCAACCAGCUCCCCAGCUCUCUGGCCCGACGACGGACCCACCACCACCACCAGGACAGGGGGACCAUAGAGACAUCGCACCCAGUAGAGAAGCACCCUGAACUGGCAGGAGAAGCCAGAGACAGGGCCUCUACCCAGCCGAUCAGGAGCCUGCCGGUCUGUAUGCAGAGGAAGAGAGAGGCAAGGGACCUGAGGCACCUGCAGACGCGUACUGUUGGCCGAUGGGAGUCAUGGAAGCAGAACCAGAGCAUAAACAGGAAGAGGCUUGGGGAGCAGGUGGGCAAGGCAAUGUCAAGGCUUUUGCCAUGGAGCAGCACCCUCCACACCAUUGAAGGUAGAUUCGGUGUAGGCGUGAAGGCUUAUUUUGUGUUCCUGAGAUAUUUGGUUUACCUGAACCUGCUCCUGUGUCUGGUCAUAGGAGGGACUAUACUCACACCCACAGUCGUCUAUGACAGCGAUGGGGACAGAGGACUACUGAGGUUCGAGGGCAAUGACUCGGUUUUGGACUUCUUCGUUGGUUCGGGUUUUCUAGAACGUUCUCCAGUAUUCUAUGGGUUCUAUGCACGUAGUUCUCUGGACCUGCUGUGUCUGAACACGCCCCUCCUCUUCCUCCUCGGAACCCUCACCGUCCUCAUCCUCAGUCUGGUCAUGGUGGUCCGCAGGACGGUUGUAGGCUACAAGCACACGUGGUUGCUAGGCAACCGCUACAACAUCCACAUGAGCUACAAGGUGUUCUGUGGGUGGGACUUCUGUAUCCAAGACCCCGAGGUCGCCGACCUCAAACUCAGCUUCAUCAGGAACGAACUGAAGUUAUACUUAGAAGAGGAGAGGUUCCAACAGCGGGAGGCCAGGAGGACGUUGGGUCAGUGGGCACGGCUCUACUUCCUGCGAGGGCUGCUCCACUUCCUGGUCCUGGUUCUACUGGGCGGAGCCUUCUGUCUCAUCUACUAUGCCACCAAAGCCUCACAGGCUGAGAGGAGUGGAAACGAUUUGAUCCUCACGGUGCUUCUCCAGUACCUUCCUCCCAUCGUCAUCACCCUGGUCAACUUCUUCCUGCCUCACGUCUUCCGCCAUAUCUCUUCCUUCGAGGAUUACUCCAUCACCACCCAGGUCAAUGCUACCCUCGUCAGGAGUAUCUUCCUGAAGUUGGCCAGUCUGGGGAUGUAUCUCUUCUUCCUCUUCCAAAACAGCCAACAGGAAUGUUGGGAGAAUCAGUUUGGUAAAGAGAUGUACAAGCUCGCUGUGUUCGAUUUCCUCGCCUGUUUCUGCAACACCUUCUUCAUCGCCUAUCCUAGAAAGUGGUUGGUGGACAGGUACCCAUCGUCUUGGCUGGCGCGGUUGUCGGGGAAACAGCAUUUCCUGAUCCCGUUCAAUGUUCUAGACCUGGUGUACAGUCAGACGGUCACCUGGGUAGGACUGUUCUACUGUCCCAUGCUGCCAUUUAUAGAGACAGUCAAACUGAUGGCCAUUUUUUACAUCAAGAAGUUGACAGUUCUCCAGUGCUGUGUUCCAGCCCGGAGAAUGUUCCGUGCCUCCAGUUCUUCAGUUCUGUUCCACUUCAUGUUACUACUGGGUCUCAUCAUGGCAGUCAUCACCCUCGGAAGUAACCUACACAAGUUCAAACCUUCUUCCAGCUGUGGUCCUUUUGUGGGCAGCGCUACAGUGUUUAAUGUAACAGCUGUGUGUGUGGACAGUCUACCAGGACCGGCCAAGUCCACCCUGAGAUACCUGUCCUCAGAGGCCUUCGUUCUGCCGGUGAUACUGGCGCAGAUUGUUGUCCUGACCUCCUUUGAGUCGCGGAGGAGAGCCAAUGGAAAAGCAAUCGAGAGACUGAAGGACAUGCUGGUGAUGAGCACCUCAGAUAAGCAUUUUCUGCUGAAGCAGCACACUCUCUCACUCAGACGCCAGAAGAAAACCUUCAAGGCCUCCACCACUGUUUCAGGCACUAGAGAGGGCAGCCCUCCCACCAUGAAAGGCCCCUCAGCAGGCAUUGGAGAGGACAGCCAUAUCGCUCAACUGAAGGACCCCUCUGCACAGCCUACAGGCGAUGACAGCCCAUCAUAAAGAUAGAUAGAGGACUCUAGUGCCCAAAAGCCAGUUUUAGCAUGUGCAGAGACAUUCGGGAUUUUCACCCUUCUGAAGUAGUCAACUGAGUGGAACUACCUAUGGUUUAAGGAACAUUACAUUUACAUUUUAGUCAUUUAGCAGACGCUCUUAUCCAGAGCGACUUACAGUAGUGAAUGCAUACAUUUCAUUUCAUACAUUUUUUUUUUCUGUGCUGGCCCCCCGUGGGAAAUGUUCAUGAUUCCAUCCAGGUCAUCAGGAGGGUUCAACCAAAGAAUUAUACUCGUGAGGAAACAUUCCAUAACUGCAGGUAGCUGUAAAUUGCCAACCUUGGCUUUAUACCUGUUCAAACGAUACACUCUAGGUGGCAGUAUGUACCCUUUCAGUUUGUUUACCAACUCAUAGAAGUAGUAGAAGAAGAAAAUUAACUACUUCGAAAUGAAGAUUGCCUCAAUGGCUCUUCCCAUGCUACCACAGACGCCCUAUUGGGACAGAUACAAUGUUGUGUUCUCUAACUGUCUCUAUGCAGCCCAGAGAGAUAGAAAUAGAGCCCACCAGCUAUCAUUGUGUCAAAUGCACCCUCUAUCCAACUCUAUGGAGCAGACAUAGCCAAAUGGCACCCUAUUCCAUAUUUAGUGCACAAAAGUAGCAGUAGAUGUGACCUUUGAGCUUUUUGUCACUCCCUAACAUUCAGGGUGUAUUGCUCUGGGCUGUACCUAAAUGUCAUAUACAGUAUUAAGAACAACAAGAGUAAAGUUACAGUACUAGUGUUACUGUACUGAUGUGUUUAGUGGCUAUGAUGCAGUUGUAAAAACUUAACUCUCAGGUAUGUGGUAUCAUUGGGGAUGAUGUUGCUAUAUAGGCUGUACUUGUAAACAGCGUUAAGGACAGAGUACUACUAGUGUGUACUGUUAGAAUACUGAUGUGUUUAAUGGUUUUAAAUAUACAUGUAAAAGCUCUUACUAUGAAGUAGAUGUUGUUUCUGCAAAAGCUUGAGUAUUUUUUUUAUACAUUUUUUAUAUUUGAUCAAAUAUUGUUUUCAAAAUGUGAACUUCUAUGAAUGAAGUUAUAAAAAAGCUUCUAUUAAAAGGUUAUGUUGUUAUGUCAUUCA